UAGACGUGGUUUUCAAUAAAGGGGGCGAGUUUCCAAGUGUCUACUUCAGAGGUCACUACCGUGUCUGUCUUUCUCUUUUUCGACGGUCAGUUUUGCUGUUCCGUCUUUUUGUUGAACUUCGCCAGCAGUUUAUCCAAAAUCAUCGAAAAUGGUGAACUUCACAGUAGAUGAAAUUCGUGUCAUGAUGGACAAGAAGAGGAAUAUCCGUAACAUGUCUGUCAUUGCUCAUGUUGAUCAUGGCAAAUCUACUCUGACAGACUCUCUGGUUGGCAAGGCUGGCAUCAUUGCUGGAGCCAAGGCUGGUGAGAUGCGUUUCACAGACACUCGCAAAGAUGAGCAAGAGCGUUGCAUUACCAUCAAGUCAACUGCUGUGACCAUGUACUUUGAGCUUGCUGAGAAGGAUUGUCUCUUCAUUACUAACCCUGAGCAGCGUGAAACUACUGAAAAGGGAUUUUUGAUCAACUUGAUUGAUUCUCCUGGUCACGUUGACUUCUCGUCUGAAGUGACGGCUGCGCUUCGUGUAACGGAUGGUGCUUUAGUUGUCGUUGAUUGCGUCUCCGGCGUGUGCGUUCAAACCGAGACUGUUCUUCGCCAGGCCAUCGGUGAACGUAUCAAGCCCAUUCUGUUCAUGAACAAGAUGGAUCGCGCGCUCCUUGAACUUCAACUAGACCAGGAAGCGCUUUACCAGACUUUCCAGCGUAUUGUUGAAAACGUCAACGUUAUUGUCGCUACUUAUGCUGAUGAUGAUGGACCCAUGGGUGAAAUCAGCGUAGAUCCCAGCAAAGGUAGCGUUGGCUUUGGCUCUGGCCUGCACGGGUGGGCUUUCACCUUGAAGCAGUUCGCUGAGAUGUAUGCUGACAAAUUCAAGAUCGACACAAUCAAACUGAUGAACCGUCUGUGGGGAGAGAACUUCUUUAAUCCUACCACAAAGAAGUGGUCGAAGACAAAGGAUAACGAUAACAAACGCUCUUUCAACAUGUACGUGUUGGACCCUCUCUACAAGGUGUUUGACGCUAUCAUGAAUUACAAGAAAGAAGAGACCGAUUCUCUCUUAACCAAAUUGGGCAUCAAGUUGAGUUUGGAAGACCGUGAUAAAGAUGGAAAGAAUUUGUUGAAAGCCGUUGUACGUCAGUGGUUACCUGCUGGUGAGACAUUGCUUCAGAUGAUUGCCAUCCAUUUGCCAUCACCUGCCGUGGCACAAAAAUACCGUACUGAGAUGUUGUACGAAGGUCCUCUGGAUGACGAGGCUGCUGUUGCUAUGAAGAACUGUGAUCCUAAUGGCCCACUCAUGAUGUACGUUUCCAAAAUGGUGCCAACUACCGAUAAAGGUCGUUUCUACGCCUUUGGUCGAGUUUUCGCUGGCAAAGUUUGCACUGGUAUGAAAGCCCGCAUCAUGGGUCCUAACUACGUUCCGGGAAACAAAGCGGAUCUUUACGAGAAGGCAAUCCAGCGUACCGUACUCAUGAUGGGUCGUUUCGUAGAAGCCAUCGAAGAUGUUCCUUGUGGAAACAUUUGUGGUUUGGUUGGCGUUGAUCAGUUUUUGGUUAAGACCGGUACCAUUUCAACUUUCAAGGAUGCCCACAACUUGCGUGUCAUGAAGUUCUCAGUUUCACCUGUCGUGCGUGUUGCUGUCGAACCAAAGAACCCCGCUGAUCUACCUAAAUUGGUCGAAGGUCUUAAACGUUUGGCCAAGUCCGAUCCUAUGGUCCAGUGUAUCAUCGAAGAGUCUGGAGAGCACAUUGUAGCUGGAGCUGGUGAACUCCAUUUGGAGAUUUGCCUUAAGGAUUUAGAAGAGGACCACGCCUGUAUCCCGUUGAAGAAAUCUGAUCCCGUCGUAUCGUACCGUGAAACAGUUUCAGAGGAGUCCGACCAGGUUUGUCUGUCGAAGUCUCCCAACAAGCACAAUCGUCUUUACAUGAAGGCUGUCCCUAUGCCCGAUGGUUUGGCUGAAGAUAUCGAUAAAGGGGAAGUUAACGCACGUGACGACUUCAAAAUUCGUGGUCGUUACCUGUCUGACAAGUAUGAGUACGAUGUCACCGAGGCCCGUAAGAUUUGGUGCUUCGGUCCUGACACUACUGGACCAAAUCUCCUUAUUGAUGUCACGAAGGGUGUCCAAUACCUGAACGAAAUCAAAGAUUCAGUUGUUGCCGGAUUCCAAUGGGCAACCAAGGAAGGUGUGCUCUGUGACGAGAACAUGCGAAGUGUUCGCUUUAACAUUCAUGAUGUAACGCUGCAUGCUGAUGCCAUCCAUCGUGGUGGUGGCCAAAUCAUUCCCACCGCCCGCCGUGUAUUCUAUGCCAGCGUUUUGACCGCUGCACCUCGUUUGAUGGAACCCGUCUAUCUGUGCGAAAUUCAGUGUCCUGAGAACGCCGUCGGUGGCAUCUACGGUGUGCUCAAUCGUCGUCGUGGACACGUUUUCGAAGAGUCCCAGGUUGCCGGAACUCCCAUGUUUGUCGUCAAGGCAUAUUUGCCUGUUAACGAAUCAUUCGGUUUUACUGCUGAUUUGCGCAGUAACACUGGUGGACAAGCUUUCCCGCAAUGUGUCUUUGACCACUGGCAAAUUCUUCCCGGAAAUCCCUUUGAAUCAACAUCAAAGCCCGCCCAAGUCGUCGCUGAUACGCGUAAGCGCAAGGGCUUGAAGGAAGGAAUUCCUGCUUUGGAUUCUUACCUUGACAAGCUAUAAACUAAAGCUGAUGCGGUCCCAGGGCCCUGUCGUAUUCUCACUAAACUGAAAUUGGAUUUGAGCAUCAGUUUACGCAUUAUUAGGUUUCUGGGUUUAAAUUGCAUUCUGAAGAUUCGUGUGCAAAUAUUAUUGAUUCGGAGAAAUACAUGGGCUCUGGAAAAA